AUGAGGAGGUCUCCAAACAGCAACCCGCCGAUAGAGAAUUUCUGCGUUUACUGCAGCAGCAAUCAGACCUUCUCGUACCUUCGAAAAUGGGACGAGGAGGAGGGAAGUUCGACGAAGGCUUCACCAAAUGAGUACCAAAGGAUUGUUUUGAAAAAAGCAGUCAAAUACAAAUGGGUAAAAAAUUUGUCCUGCGCUGAGUGUUACCUGAAUGUGGUGGAAUACCUACGGAAGGGUGAACGCUCAGAGCAGCUAGGAGGAACAUAUAGGCGGAGAGAUGAAGACGCAGGAGGUGCUUCUCCUUUGAUAGGUAGCACCAACGGGGGAGAGUUCCCCACUGUAAACAGACGUUUUCGCAAAAAUGAAAUGCUCAUGAGGGGGGCAAACUCCUUGGAGAGAAGGAACAGACGGAGAUUUAAGCUGACAUCAUUUGUAGACAGGCAUCACAGUCACGCCAAGGGGGACAAAACAGUUAAAUCCGUUGAAUCGGUUAAAGGGGCUAAAGUGGGUAAAGAGGAGGACUACCUGUUCAAUGCCGCCGCCAGGGCGAAGUACUACCGAAGAGUGUCCAAAGUGUGGCUACGGAGGUUCCUGCGAAAGAGCGGCCCAGUAUAUAAACGUCUGGCAAAACAGCUAAUAAAUUUUCUCGUCAUAAAAAACUUUCAAAUCUUUGAUGUAGAGUUGUGGAACAACUUUUUCAAAAAAAAAGUGACAAAUCAUAUGAACACGAAUUUGUACUUUCUCCUUGGCAAAGAAGGGAGCGAGAAGGAAAGAUUCCUUGAAGAUCUGUUUCUUUCCUUUCCUUUUAUUUAUCCCAGUGAGAGGGUUUAUGUUGUUGACCUGGGCCAGUAUGGGCGAUGUCCAAUCGUGAGUGACUGCAGGUAUGCGGUCCAUUCGGUGGGGACACCUAAUUGGGGGGACUUACCUGUGAGGGGCAGUAGUAUACCUAGCAGUGGGAGCAGUAGUACGCCUAGCAUCGCUCAUGGUGAUACACAAAAACGCAUUCCACACGUGAAUAACAUAAUUUACCCCAAUUUGAGCGAAAUUAUAGAGAAGGAGGAAGCAGUGAGAGGACUGACGCAGAGGAGAGGAUCCCUUCAAGACAUAGACCCCUGCAAUGAAAACCUCGAAUAUAUUUUGCUAGCCGUCACAAGGAUAGCUCUUGUGAAACAGUUCGUUUGGGAGAAGCAGUUCCUCAGGGGGGUAUCAAUGUUGGUAGAGUCAAAUCGACUGGGGACGCGGCAUGCACGUAGAGGAGAGGCUACUAGGAAGUGCCCCCGAGUGGAUAAACGAACCAGGGGACUGAACCUCUUCAACGGGGGCCACUCCUUCCUGUUAAUAAAAAACUUGGACAAACUGAACGACCUGCAGAUGCCCCCCCUGAGGAAAAGCUGCAUCGUUCAGGUGCUUCUCAAAUAUGUGUACCUGUGGAAGGAGCUGAAUUUAAAUGUUCACGCGUUUGUUUUAGCGUCAGAAAGAGGGGGACACAAAACAGAGGCAGGAAACGCAGCAGAGGGGGGAAUAGCAAAUCCCCAUUGUGUGAACCCCUUCAGCGAGUUUCUAUCCAACUGUGCCACGUUUGAAUUCCCCACGUUUGAGUUGCCCCCCUUCCUGCGCGAGGCGCAGAGACGCCAAUACCUGGCCCACCUCUUUAAAGAGAAAGGGGUAAAGUGUUCCAAGGAGGACCUCCAACAAGUAGCGGAAAUAACCACCAGCUUUAGCAAAGCGGACUUGGGAAAGCUGUGCAGAGAUGAGUGUCGAGAGAGGUUUAUUCAUGCGGUGAGGCGAGGAGAAAUGGUACGCAGCACGUCCGUGGGGGGGGGCAAACUGCUCAUGGGCCAACUACCCAAUGUGGGUGAACUACCCAAUCUGUUGGAACAGUCUAAAGGGUUGUGUACCCAGGGGGGGACACCCCCUGAGAGCAACUUCUUCCACAAAACGUUGAAUUUACAGACGGAGUCACAUGCAGUCAUCCGGACGCACGAGAUUGAGUUGUACAAAGGGGAGAAGCGUGAUCAUCGGGAGAAAGUCUCCCACCCGAACGGUGACAUCGAUAGUGGUGUGACGCACGGAUUGGACAGCGUCAUAGCAGAGGAGGAGUUAGUAGGCAAACUGCGGGAAGAGGUGGUGCGCUUCUUCACUUCCACCUGUGAGAAGGAUCACCCAUGUAAGAAGGAUCGUUCGGAACCCCCCACAGGCAUAUUACUCUACGGGAAGAGCGGGUCGGGAAAAACAUUCCUUGCUCAGAAAAUUAUUGACGAAUGCAACUGCACCUCCCUUGUGAUAAACUGCUCCCACGUAUUCAAUAAAGUAAUGGGAGAAUCCGAAAAGUUUCUAAACGAUGUUUUUGUGUAUGCAGGAGGUAGGGUAGGAUCAUGUGUAAUUCUGUUUGAUGGGAUCGAAAAUAUAUGUUAUAACACCAAGGGGUGUUCAUCCCAUGGGAUGAGUAAAUUUAUGGAAAGGUUAAAGUUGUGUUUCUACCAACACUUGGAUAGAAUUCACUUCCAGAACAAGUGGGGAUUGGACAGAAGGAGUGCCGGAAAAGUUCUAAUCAUAGCAACAACAACAGAGCUUACUAAUGUGGAUGAUAAUUUGCUAGUCGAUCAUCGUCUAAGACAUGUGUUCUGCACGAAAGAGUUCCACCUUUGGAGAGACAGUGAUGUGCUCAGACUGGUCCGCAGCUGCCUUCACCGAUGUAACGUGCAUGAGGACAGCUUCGUCCUUUCGGUGGAGUUUGAAAAAUUUUUUAAAGAAUACAUUUUGAGUCGACGAGAACCGACCGAUGGGAUCAGCGUGGAGGACUUUCUCUGGGCCGCCAAAAAUGCCAACAACAGCUGA